AUGGGUGUGGGUUUUUUCGUUGGAAUGAAAAGUGUGCUCUACGAUUUUGCCGUCUGGUCUACCGUAGCCGCCAUUCCCCAUAUUGCUGACGCAAAAACGCGAUGGACGAGAUAUUUUUGGUUAUUCGUCUUCAUUCUCAUGAUGUUAAUCUUUUUGGGUGAACUCUACGCGAUGAUCCGCAAAUUUCUCCAAUUCCCCACCGAAGUCGAUACGAUCAUUCAAUACUCACAAUUGCCGUUCCCAGCCGUCACCAUUUGCAACUUGAAUCCUUACAAGUACACCGUUGUCAAGGACACCUCCAGUUAUCCUAAAUUCGCUUCGGUGCUCAGUUUGACGAAUGUGGCUGUUCAGGCGAUUCAGGACAACUACAAAUCGACAUGUCCAGCCUCGUACACUGGGGAUAAUUGGGGGAUCGCGAAAGUUUGCCCGUAUCCGUACGAAUUGGAGACGACAACGAAAGAUGCACUCAUCAUCGAAAUGGCAAAGCUUUCCAAAGAUGAUAAGGAGCCAGCCCUUUACACAUACGAUGAUCUUGUCACCGAGUGUUCCUUCAAUUCGAGGCCUUGCAAUAUCACCGCUUUCACGAGUUUUGUCGAUCCAGUCUAUGGCGCUUGUUACUCAUUCAAUGGAGCUGGCUCAUCAACAAACGCCACUUUUCAGAGCUCUCGAGCCGGAAUGAAAUUCGGAUUGAAGAUUUUGAUGACACCAACGCAAACGCAGCCCGAUGGAACUCCCGAUGUGUUGCCGAUCACUCAACUUGCUGGCGCCCGAGUCUCCGUCCAUGAACAGGGCGCUUUCCCGUCACUCGAGGGAUCGGGAAUCAGUGUCGGCGUGGGAUAUUUGACGGCAAUCUCAAUCACUAUGACCUCAACAGAGCGGAUGAAGAAACCAUAUGGGAAUUGUGUCGAGCGAGAGUCAAGCUCAACCGAUUACUAUCAAUCCUAUUACUAUACUCUUGAGACGUGUUAUUUGGGGUGUAAACAAAGAUACAAUGUUGAGAAAUGUAGCUGUGCUCAUCCGCGUUUCGCGUCGAGUUCCUCGCAAACGAUUUGUGACCAAACUGCUUUGUCCUGCAUUCAAACACUCAAGGGUGACCAGCUGAACAAAUCCCAGCCGAAUAUCGACCCGAUGGUGGAUUGUAAUUGUUAUCCGCCGUGCAAUCAGAAAAACUAUGCCACAACGACUUCUUUGGCCUCUUUCCCCGCAUCGAACUACUUUGUGGCGGCUGACUCGGCCAGUGCUACUUCAAAAGGCUCGUGCUCCCCAUCGACCACCCAAUUCGACCCCACCGAUUCGGGAAGCACAAAUGCGUCAAAAGCGGAGAAUUGCCGAGAGUGGUAUGGGAAUAAUUCACUCUUAUUGGAGGUGUUCUACGAGUCACUCAACUAUCAACAAUACAUCGAAAAUCCGAAUUAUGGAAUCUCAGCCGUUCUGAACGAUCUCGGAGGACACGCCGGUCUCUGGCUUGGUCUUUCCAUCAUUUCCGUCGUUGAGAUUUGUGGUCUCCUCGGCAUUCUCUGCAUCUACAUUUGCGGUGGACGACGAAAGAUGAUCGAUCCAUCGAUGAUCAAUGAAGAUUCGAGAAUUCGAGAUCUUGAUGACAUCAAAAAUGAUCUCGACAAUAUGGAAGCUGAGGACAAAGUCAAGGAGGCUCAAGCUAAGGAAGCUCUCGAGAAGAAAGAAGCCGAAGAGGCUGAAGCAAGGAAAAUUCAAGAGGAAAAAGAUGCUGCCGAGAAAGCACAAAAGGAAAAAGAAGAGAAGGAGAAAGAGAAAGACUCUGAUAAGUCUGACAAAUCAGACUCCGACUCCGACUCGGAUGAUGAGAAAAAAGAGGACAAGAAAAAAGAU